CUACAUUCAUACAGAGGACUGUGUGAACGUUUCUUCGAAAACUGCUUUGGAAAGCCCUCGCCAAACAACAUGCGCACGGAAGGUUGAGCCCCCGCGCUACUCCAUGAAUGGGGAACGCAUGUGGUGGCGCCUCGUCUAGCUCACAUAGUCCUCCAGCUACUCCAGCCGCGGCUGCCGGGCAUCCCACCGCGGCCUCAGCGCAGGCGCAGGCAGACAGAUUCGCACGGGAGCCAGCCUCACGACCAGCAGCAACACAACAGGCGGGGACAGGGCAAGCGGGGUCGUCCGCGGGCCCCACAGGCGGGGCACCUGGACGGGUUGAGAGUGGAGCCGCGCCGGCACAGUCCUUGGCAUCCAGCCAUCCCAACGCCGCGGCAUCAGCGUCGCAGUCGACGGGGGCUCCAGCAGCCCCCCGCACGCCAAUCAUGACCACUACGGCAGCUGACCGCAAAGCGGCCGAUGAACUGAAGGCAGAAGGAAAUGCGCUAUUCACAAAGGGCAAGUAUGCUGCUGCCAUCGAGAAGUACACGGAGGCUGUGACGCUGAGUCCGGACUGGCCGGUGCUAUACGUGAACCGGGGAAUGGCUGCCAGGAAGAAGGGCGACUGGGAGCGAGUGGAGGCGGACGCGUCACUGGCGCUGGGGCUGGUGGGCGGCAGCAGCGAGAGCCGCGAGGCCAUGAAGGCCCACUACCUGAUGGGGCUGGCCAUGGGGCAGCGCGGGCAGCAUGAGCGCUCCACACACCACCUGAAGAAGGCUCUGGCGGCGGCCCGUGAGGCCAAUGACAACAUCAAGGAUGAGAUCUGGCGCGAACUGGCCGCUGCCAACUACUCCAACUGGCAGACGGAGACGGCCGCGCGCAAGUCCACCAACGCGACGCUGCGGAGACAGCUGCUGGAGCUGAUGGGGAAGCGGCAGGAUGAGCCCCUACCGGCGGAGUGGGAAUCGUUGUUUCGCGCGGCGGCCUGGCAGGACACGGCCAGCGAGGCGCCCUCGCAGUUCACUUGCCCGCUGACCAUGGAGAUCUUCCGUGACCCGGUGGUGGCGCCCAGCGGCCGCAGCUACGAGCGCACGGCGCUGCUGGAGCACCUCAAAAAGGUGGGCAAGUUUGACCCCAUUACGCGACAGCCUAUCGCCGGCGAGGAGGCACUGGUUCCAAACGUCAGCCUGCGGGCGGCCAUUGAGCUUUACCUGGAGGAGCAUCCGUGGGGCUGGGCUGAGGUCAAGUAAGGACUGAGGAUUUGGGAGGAGGCAGGGCAGACGGGCGUUGAGUACGAUUGUGCAUGCGAUGGGACAGGGCUGUGGUCAAGGCAGUGGCGGGCAAGGUCGUGGUGAGUUAGGGUGGUUCGUCAGCCAGGGCUACAGGGCGCUGCGCUGCGUGGGCUACAGGGCAGCUUGCAGCUGUAGCAAAGAUCUCUUCAGGGCGCCCGUGUGGAGCUGCGUCACGGCACGGUAUGUGGUCUGACGUCAGCAGCAGGGAGCUAGGAGCAAGUGGAGAAGGUAGUGUCUGACCGCGCGAGUCUUACGUCUCCGCGCGCGAGGGAGGUUUGGGUUGAAGCCCUGGCCCCCUGCAUGCAGUGGACGGUGCCAGGGCGAGCAUAGCUUUACGCCAGUAUUUCGCGUCACACGAUGUACUAGUAAUUGCGGCGUCCAAGCCACCAGGACU